UUUCUUUGUUUUCUUCAAAAACUCUCAUUUGCAUUUAUUAUUAUUCGUAUUGCUUCUUUGCCUUCAUCGAUCUUCUUCCUCUUGUGUUCUUUCUGUUCCCAUCUCCAACGUCCAAUUAUGAACACAACCCAAAUUCUAAACCCGACCCGACCCAUUUGGCCUGGUUUCUCUUCUUCCAAAUCUCUAUGCGGCGAUGCCAACUGCAUGGAGCAGCUUCUCCUCCAUUGCGCAAAGGCCAUCGAAUCAAACGACGCCACGUUGGCUCAACAGAUCAUUUGGGUGCUCAACAACCUCGCUUCACCCGACGGAGACUCAACUCAGAGACUCGCUUCCUCCUUCCUCCGCGCGUUAAUCUCACGCGCCGCCUCCAAAAGCCCUGCGUUCGCGUUUCUAUCACUGGCUGCUACCGCUUCCGUCUCCCAGAAAAUGCUACACCGGUUCUCCGUCAUAGAGCUCGCUGAGUUCGUCGACUUAACGCCGUGGCACCGUUUUGGAUUCAUCGCCGCGAACGCCGCAAUCCUCGACGCCGUCGAAGGUUAUUCCUCUGUUCACAUCGUUGACUUAAGUUUGACUCACUGCAUGCAAAUCCCUACUCUUAUAGACUCCAUGGCAAACAAACAACCACCUCCGCUUCUCAAACUCACUGUCAUUGCUUCCGACGCCGAAUCUCAUCCGCCGCCGUUGCUCGGAAUCUCCUACGAAGAGCUCGGUUCAAAGCUAGUAAACUUCGCGACAACACGUAACAUAGCAAUGGAGUUUAGAAUCAUCUCUUCUUCUUACUCUGACGGCCUCUCCUCCCUUAUCGAACAACUACGAAUCGACCCAUUCGUCUUCAAUGAAGCUCUCGUCGUUAACUGCCACAUGAUGCUUCAUUACAUCCCCGACGAAACCUUAACUUCGAAUCCUCUCCGAUCAGUUUUCUUGAAAGAACUUCGAGAUCUAAACCCAACGAUCCUAACCCUAAUCGACGAAGACUCGGAUUUCACCUCCACUAACUUUAUCUCCAGGUUACGGUCUCUUUACAACUACAUGUGGAUUCCUUACGACACCGCCGACAUGUUUUUGACACGUGGCAGCGAGCAAAGGCAAUGGUACGAGGCAGAUAUAAGUUGGAAGAUAGAUAACGUAGUAGCCAAGGAAGGUGCGGAGAGGGUGGAGAGAUUGGAGCCGAAGAGCCGGUGGUUUGAGCGGAUGAGGGAAGCUAAAUUUGCCGGAGUUGGGUUCGGCGAGAAUGCGAGGACAGAGAUUAAAACGAUGCUAGAGGAACACGCCACAGGUUGGGGAAUGAAGAAAGAUGUUGACGACGAUGAUGACGUGGAACGUUUUGUGCUGACGUGGAAGGGACAUAGUGUUGUGUUUGCCUCGGCUUGGGAAAUUCGAGGGACCCAAAUGCCAACGAGUCAGCAUCAUGUCGUUAGAACAGACAUUGCAGUGUUAAAAUCUCAGAUUGAGAAGAGGAUUGGUCGGGCCAAAACUGAGAGCUACCUUAAUCUCUUAUCGAAAUUCUUGAGUUUGAAAAUCAGCAAAUCUGAUUUCGAUAAGCUAAUCAUUGCGACGGUGAAGAGGGAGAAUAUAAGUCUACACAACGCUUUGCUAAGAGGGAUUCUUAAGAAUGUAUGUCUCUCAAAGACACCUCCAUUGAUAAAGAAUGGUGUUGAGUCAGAGAAGAAGAAGAAGCAACUUAAUGGGGCUUUUGAGACAGGUCUUGGUUUCAAAUCUUUGUGCAAAGACCUUCCUAAAUCGCCUCGUAAAGGAAGGACUCAACGGAGGUUUAAAGAUAGUAAUGUUAGCAAAGGUAAAAGUCUAAUCACUGAGGUUGUUUCUUCUAGUGGUAGACAACAAUGGUCAAUGGAAGAUAGUGAAGAAGUUGACCAAUUGAUUCGAUGUUGGAGAAGUCAACCUAUUGAAGCUCCCUUUGGUGUUAAUCUUAGAGAUGUUAUAAAGAAACAACAUCGUAUAGGCACAUUUUGUUACUCCUCUGGUGAGCUUCCUGAUUCGGUUUCUUUAAAGAAGAAACUCGAAGAUGACUCGGGGUUUAUGGAGCAAGGAUUAGAGGUUUCGGUUGGGUUUGCUAACACGUUAAACGCAGGGUUGGAUGUUUUCUUGAAGAGAUUGAUCAAACCAUUUCUUGAAUUAGCAGCUUCAAGGUCUAGUAGCCGCCAAAGAGAAGUAUGUUCUUCGAGUAACGCUUCACCAGCAUCUUCUCUGGUAGAUUUUCAAGUAGCUAUGGAGUUAAAUCCGUCGAUACUCGGGGAAGAUUGGUCUGCAAAGCUUGAGAAGAUCGCCUGCAGAUUCAGACAAGCUACUAACUCUUUAACUAGAUAGAUCAGAUUCUUCCUUUACAGAGUUUGUUUUGAACAUCUUUAGGUUUUGUGUAUAUAUGUCUUGGUUUGUGUUGAUUUUGUAUGCUUAGGUUGGAUUUAUUAAACAAGUUUUGUUUAAUAAAAACAAGAUAAUUAA